AUGGUAUCUUUUGGCGUAGAAUCACUAUUUACUAAUGUGCCAAUCGAGGGUGCCGCACAAGUCGCAUUACGAAAACUAGAAAAUGAUCCCGGUCUUUCCGACCGCACGAACCUUAGUCCUACACAAAUUGCCGACUUCUUAGAUUUCGUUUUGAGAUCCGCGUAUUUCCAAGAUAAUGGAUCGAUUUAUGAACAGCAAGACGGAGCAGCCACGGGGAGCCCUGUCUCGGCCGUAAUAGCUAACCUUUGCAUGGAAGAAUUUGAGGAACUGGCGAUUAUUACUGCGAACUGCAAACCUAAGAUCUGGAAGCGAUAUGAAGAUGACGAUUUUACAAUCUUAGAUCGAAACAAUGUCGACGGCUUUCUACAACAGCUAAACAUUCAACAACCAGCCAUUCGUUUUACCAUGGAAAUCGAGAGAUAA